GCCCCGGCUCUGUUGUACCCGGCUAAUGAUGCUGCAAGUUCAUUACUGAUACAAUCAGCAGCAGCGAGCCGACCCCUCAUCAGGGCAGGAGGCUGCAGAGAGUCAUUCAUCAGUAAGGAGUGUUCUUCAUGGAUGACCCCUAAAUCAUUGCUGGAGUAGUAGAUGCACUGAUUGGACACAGCAUGGGGGAGCAGCGCUACUUUGCAUUAGCACAGGCAGACGAGGGGGGAGAGAGGCAAGUCGUGGGUAAAUCCUGCGCACAGCGGCGGUACAAAUAAAGCAGACAGGCAGCUCGGGUAUUAUAUAUAUGUGUGUGUGUUUGUGUAGUGGGCGCAGAGGUUUUCCUCCCUGUCGCAGAAGGACGGAUGAAAGUAGCUUUCCUGCUGGGGAGGAUUAUAAAUAUGCAGCCUGCUGCUGCUACUGGGCGCAGUGUUUAGAGGACGCUGGGCUCCCCCCUCACUCUGUGCCGGGGAGGAGCGUGCCAAGCUCCUGGGCAGAGGCAGCAGCUGCUUCACGUGUGUGCCUGGCACUGGUUUAGCCGGAGCAGCUCUCAGCCCGGACAGCGUCUCUCUCUAUCUCUCCCGCCGGCCGCCUCUCCACCCCACAGCCGCGACCGCUCAGCACGAACCCAGGGAGGGAUCUGAUAGUGAAAGCGGAGACUGGGAGACAAAGUGCGCCGCGCUGUCAUUCUUCUGUAUCCGGGAUAAGUGACUGCUUCCAAGGGGGGCACAAGUUGCAGCUCAGACCUCCCCUUCCACUUGUUUGUACUUGGUACGGGCUGCAGGGUGCGUGAUGCUUCCCACGGUGGGAUACCGAGAGAGGGAGCUACUCCGAGACACAAAGCACUUCCUGGAAACUGAGAUUCAUUGUCUGAAGAGCUUCUGAAUCAAGACGUGAUCUUCCAGAACAAAUAACAAGUAUCUGAGGCAAAUCAAGUGUGAGAGGGGAUUUUUCAAGUAAGCUGGACUGUCGUGGGCACAGAAUGAUCUUAGCAUGGAUGUAAAAGAACGAAGGCCUUACUGCUCUCUGACAAAGAGCCGCAGAGACAAAGAACGGCGCUACAUUAAUUCUUCGGUGGACAAUGAUGAGUGUAGAGUGCCUACACAAAAAUCCUACAGCUCAAGUGAAACCCUGAAGGCUUUUGAUCAUGAUUCCUCCAGGCUUCUGUAUGGAAACCGUGUAAAAGAUCUGGUUCACCGAGAAGCAGACGAAUAUACAAGACAAGGUCAGAAUUUCACUCUACGGCAGCUGGGUGUUUGUGAACCAGCAUCACGCCGGGGACUGGCAUUUUGUGCUGAUAUGGGGCUUCCACACCGAGGUUACUCUAUCAAUGCAAGCUCCGAUGCCGAGACUGAGAAUGAAGGUGUCAUGUCACCAGAACAUGCCAUGAGACUUUGGGGUCGGGGGGUGAAAUCUGGACGCAGUUCCUGUCUCUCGAGCCGCUCCAACUCAGCCUUGACACUGACCGACACAGAGCAUGAGAACAAGUCUGACAGUGAGUCGGAGAAUCUUAACUCGACAUUAAGAACAAAAUGGCUGCAAGAAGAUAGCUGUCUGUAUAAUGGUGAGUUAUCUUUAUCUCUUUCCAUCUUAUCCUUUAUACUGAAGCUACAAGGCAGUGAGUAUUACACACGUUACUCUCCUGAGCUCAUUCUGUAUACAGUAUCACUUCCUAAAAGUUUUGUAAUAUUUCUGUUUCCGUUUGGAUUUUUCUUUUUCACACUUUGCUUUUUUGUUCCCCUGUGGUUUUUGUUCUUGUCUCCCAGAAAUUGUGUCGGCAGUCAAUAUCCCAUAACGGAGAUUGGCACUUGACCUCUGCUUGACAGUGUGGUUUGCAGACUUCCCGAAUCACAAUACUUGUUUGAAGUUUAACAUCCAUGAACAGCUGGCUGAGAGCAUGUUCCAUAUUAAUUAUACGGAGUGAGGCUCAUGCUCUGGUGUCAUAUUGUAGGGCAAGGAAACAGUUACACAAACCCAAAGAAAUAAUAUAAUAGUACUCAGGUUUCUCUUUGUUUCAUUCUAAUUCCUUAUCAUGUAUUCUGCCUGGUUAGUAAAGUCAAGCUGGUCAGCUUUACAGUGAACAAUAAACAAGAAGAUCAAUCAAAGUGAGACCAUUUGAUCCUUAUGGAGCAAGUGUCUUAGGGUCAGCAGUUGUUCCCCCUAGAGAGACAGAUAAUAAUACAAUAUAGAAAGGCUCACCACACUGACGCAUGUCAUAGGCCAAUCUGUUGUACUGCCUGCCUUCUCAGGGCCUUUAUUUUAAUCCAUGUCCCAUGAGCUUGCCUUCUAUAUAAAUAAAACUAUUGGUGAUUAACCCCCCUCAGCACAGUUAUCAGCCUUAAUUAAUAAUUGCAGAUUAAAGUAAAUUAAACUAUUGAAACAAAUUGAAACACGGUACCAAGACUUCCUGGCAUUUCCCAGAAUCCAAGCUUGUUCACACAAAAUCAUCAUGUGCUUGUGGAGCAGCCAGUUGCGCUAAGAACUUUUGGGUGAUAAUAGAGUUGGCCAAGGGGCUUAUCCGUAAGAUAGAGCUACUGUAUCUUCAGUUAGUUUAAGUUCAUUUGGUUUUGAGACUGUAACGGUAGCCAUAGACGCAAAAAUCCGCUUGUUUGGCGACAUCGCCAAACGAUCCGAUCUUUCCCCGAUAUGCCACUAACGGGCAUGGCUAUUUCGGGGGUAAUCUGAAUGUUCGGCCCUAUGGCUGAAAAAUCGGAUUACGAUGACAGCGCAAUGGGCUCCGGCGGGACGGUCGGGACAAAAUCAAACCUGUCCGAUCGACCAAACGACCGAUCUCCGCCGGA